UAAGGAUAGGAGAAGACGUGUGUUGAGACGAGGAAAGAACAGUAAAGGGUCGUAGCGCGCCGAACAGAGAGGGACUAUCGUCUAGCAAUCAUGUCGAAUGGCGCCGAGAAAGAAGCAUGCUGUGAUACGGUAGAGUCUAAGAAAGACUCCGAGAUUGCCGUGAAUCAGCCAGACACAGACAGUGGCCAGCAACAGUUCGCGAUCAACAACACUGCCAACGUACUCGUUUCGGAAGAGAUUCAAAUACCAUCUGUUUUCCCGCAGACUGCACCAUUUGCAUCCUGUCCUAGAAUGGCUGACGACACUACGACCAUCCACGGGGACACGGAUGAUACAACGAUAUUGAUACCGUCUUCAAACCUCACCGAAUUCCAAAUUGAAUGCAAGCCGGAACCAGAUACCGAAUUGGUCACCUCGAACAACGAUGACCCAUUGGCAUUUGAUGAAUCUUCGACGUUACACUUUCCGAUAUUCAUACCUACAAUAAAGGAUCCCGUUGUUUUAUUGGAGAGAUGUGAUAAAAUUUGGGAAACAUUACAAUUAAUAAAGACUGUACAGGUUGAGAAGCUAACAGUGCCAACUAAUGAUGAUUGUAAUAAAAAUAAAGAGGAAAAGAAUGAGGAAAAGGUGCAACAUUUGGAUAAGGCUGAGCAAUCUGUAUCAUAUGUUAAGAGUCGACUUAGAUUGAAGAGUAAUAACGCAGUGCCACCUUUUAAGGUUUCUGUUCUAAGAACAAAGAAAUUAUAUCCUUGCACUACCUGUGGUAACCAAUACUUAGAAAGACGAUCCUUAAGAAAGCAUUCAGAAAGAGUACAUGGAAUUGUCCUUCCCUUACUUGUUCAACGUAAACGUUUGAAACAUAACGCUUUAAACAGAAAGAAAUUCAAUGGAGCACGUCAAGUUUCUUCCAUUAGCAAAGAAAAGAACAAUUCUGAAAAACUUUCUGAUAAUAAAGAUUCAGGUGAAAAGAUGACUACAAGGACAAAACUUACCAAAGUUGAAACUACUACUUCGCCGCCUACUACAUCGACACAGUUUGUCAAGUGUACAUUAUGUCAACAAAAAGUAUUAUCUUUAAGGAAACAUUUAAUUAAUUAUCAUAAAAUUGGAGGUUCUACAAGUGUAAUGGAACAGCUAGAAUCAUCAUUAUUGAGUGAAACUAAAACAUCGUCUGAAGAUAAGCAAACUGCAUUAAAAAAUGAACCACAUCAAGAUGGUUUCCGCAUAAUGGACAAUGAAAAUGAUACUCGUGGAACAUCCAAAAUCCAAGGAAAAAGAAGGUAUAAAUUGUCUUAUCCUAGAAAGAAACGCAAAUUGAAUAAUGAACGCUAUACAUUUGUUCAGAAUCCACCUACCAUCACACAGAAAAAAAUAUUAAAUGCUUAUUCAUAUAAAUGUGAUAUUUGCUUGGGAAUGUAUAAAACUGCUCACAGUUUAUGUAAACAUAAACGCAAUCACAUCUUACGUGGAGAAACUAAAGAAAAUUUUCAUAAAUUUCCAUGUAGAUACUUUAAUUCGCCAUUCAAUAAGAAUUACAAAUCAUUACAGCCUUCUAUGAAGUCUGCUAACACUGUUUCCAAAAAUGCUAAUAGUAGAAUAAAUAAAGAGGAUAAAUUGCAAUUAAAUAAUUCCAAGCCUAAUGCAUUGCGUAAUCAAAAUAGUUCAAUUUCUAAUCGAGCUAUUCGAUACAAUGAAAGAAUGAACAGAAAUAAUGAUACUACUUGUAUAUGCGGAAGAUCAUUUCGAAAUCCUCAUACCUUGUUCCUUCAUAAAAACAAUUGUGAAUUAUGUCAAAAUGAGGAUACAGUAAAGAACACUAGGGUUAGCAGUGAUAGAGACUCUGGUAUUGGCAUUAAUAUAACAAUCAAGAAACGAAAUGAUUCAUAUGAAAUAGUUGGUAAAGAUGAUGAAGAUAAACUUAAUGUCUCUAAAACAUAUUUUGAAGAAGAUACUUCAUCUGUGUCUCAUAAAUCUAAUUAUACCAAAAAUGUUGUUAAAGCGUCCAUUAAUCAGCAAGUAUUAGUUACAUCUGAUUCAUCUAAAUACAGUAAAGAUCAUAGUAUUUUGAAGUUAGAAGAUACAGAUGAAGACGUAAUCAUUGAUAUUGAAGACGAUGUACAAACUGGUCUUGAUGAAUAUAAUACAAUGAAGCAGAUGACUACACAAAAAAAUGGCAAGCAGAGUUCGUCACAAAACGAUAUGAAAGGUGGAAAAAUUGAAAAAUUUUUCGAUAAAGUCAAUACAUUGAAACAAAUGUGUCAAAAGGUUCUCGACGUUCGUAAAUCUGACAAUAUAGAAGAUAGGAAUGAAGAAUUUAACCAAAUUAAAGGAACUUGCAUGGAAAAUGAUCAAGUUAAAAAUCUAGAAGUAUAUCAAAACAAGCGAGAAUUACGAUCUACAAAUAAACGAUAUCUCUCUUCCAAAGUGAAAUUGGAUCAUUUCUAUACUGAAACAGAGGUUCGUACGAUACAAUUUAAACCAAUGAUGUGUGGAUACUGUAUGGAAGAAUUUAGUAAUAUUAAGUUAUAUGAUAAUCACCAAUGUACUGUUACAAAAGGCAGAUCAUUCGAUGAAUUUUCACUACGGUUACUAUGUUUCUUUUGUAAAGAGCUACUAAAUAGUUACAGCGAAUUCGAUGAACACAUGAGAUUCAAACAUUUUGAUCAUGGGUAUCAUUGUUUUCAAUGUCCCGAACGAUUCACGAAUGAUAAAUCACGAUUAUCUCAUUUUCAUUCGGAGCAUAACGAUUUGAUUUGUAAAUUUUGUGAUAAAAAGAUUAGUAUCUCGUCAAAGACUCCACACGAAGGUUAUCAUUUAGGUUUCGGUUAUCCCUGUCAUAAAUGUAAAAAGGCUUAUACAAAUAAUAAGAAUCUUUCUUAUCACAGAUACACGAUACAUUUUAAUGGAGCUGAUAACUUGGUAACUUGUACUAUAUGCUUGAAAUCUGUAAAACUUAAAACUUUCCGUGGGCAUAUGAAAGGGCAUAAGCAUAAUGCAUGUUAUUUUUGUGGCAAAGUAUUUUCUGAUAAGGUAGGUUUAGAAUAUCAUACCAUGAUGAAUCAUGGCACUAAUUCCAAAUUAAAAUGUAAUAUGUGUGGUACGCGGUUUUAUACUAAGAAACAACUUGAAAGACACGAGAAGAUCGAUGGAUGCAACAGAGAAUGAAAAGUUAAAUUGCAACAGAAUGUGCUAAAAAUCAUUAAAAAUAUUUUUUGUCUAAGAAAAAUAAUAUAUAUGAAGGAAAUGAAUUAACAAGGAAAGGCUUCCCUCAUGAAAUUAUAUAGAAUCUAUCGGAAUCCCACUGCUUUCGCGCGACUUUCGGAGUACUAGGUAAUAUAGAGAGGUGAGCACACCUGAAUAAUUUUAUCAGUUAAUGUUGUCCUAAUUGUGUACAUUUUGUAUACGUACAAUACAAAAUCACUAUUGUACAUUGUUCAAACGGUAUAGUCAAAAAAAAAAAAAAAAACGAGAUAAUUACUGAUUUUAUUUCUUAAAUAUAUUGGUUGUUAAUUUAAAAUAAAUAAAAUAUUUUUAUCCCCCUUUUUUGGACAAAUUCGUUCAUUAAAAUCAAAGAGGGAUAUCUGGGAGCCUUUCUCUGUAAGGCGAGAAUUGCUGUUGCAACAAUUAAAAUUUACGUAGAAUUAUUUUCAAGUCAAUUCUAAAUAUACAGGA